UUGACAAAUAAUCAAAUAUUUGACCACGCCUCUUUGUUUAUGUGAUAAAUGUGUCAUACAAUAAUUAUUUCGCGUACAGAAGGGUAAAGACACAAAUUUCUAAUUGCUUUUUAAUAAUGAACUACGGUAAGAAGUCUCCGACAACGGGAACACCAUCGGUGUAUUCCCAUGUAACGACUAGGAGCAACGCAAAUCUUAGAGGUUCUCGAAGUCUCAAAUCCCUUCAGGUGCCCUGGUAUCAAAAACCUUUGGUCCAGGAUGCUAUUUUUCUUGAUGUUCAACGAGCCUCUUUAAUUACUGGAAUAUUUUCAUUGCUUUUGUCAAUUUUCACAAUUAUAACUGGUUUCUUUGAUCUGUAUUGUUAUGCGAUGGCAGCUCCAGGUUCUACUCAUUAUGGUUAUUACGUUCUUUCGUACCAGUUUGUCUACGUAGGAUCACGACAUGUGAGAAACACCUUGGUAAUGUUCGCAGGGUUUUCAAUAAUAUUGGCUAUGGUAAUAUUUGUGACAAGUAUUAUGCUGAUUAAUGCUUUAAGAAAGGAGCAUGAAAAGAGAAUGUUACCGUGGAUAUAUACCUUUGCUGUGUUCACCAUUUUUAGACUCCUUGCAUAUUUGUUCUUCUCCAUAGUAAACGAUUUGAUAUUUGCUUAUAAUAUUUUAAUGUGCCUGCUUUGGACGAUUUUUAUGGUUGCCAGCAUAUACGGUUGGGUGUUAGUAUACUCGCUUUAUAUUGAAUUGUCGGAUCUGACGAAAUUGGAAGAUCUGGCUCAUUUGAGGAUGGGCACCAUGCAGUCCUUAAACGCGUCGACAGUACCGUCUCUAGCGGGAUCUCGUCCCACAACCCCACACAGCACAGUUUCGACGAUGCCAGCUUAGUCGAAAUCCCUCUCGAUCCGACGCCUACUUAUUCCAGGCCUCGGCCAUUAAAAGCACCAAUUAUUUCUACAAUAUACUAAACUCACAUUGAAAUAAUUUCUAGAGUAAAUAAUUUGUCGUAUAUUCUAAGAUUGUGUAAGAUUUAAAUGUUCCAAAAAACAUUGCACAAUUCACAAUUGAUUCGUUUAUGUUUGAAUUUCUUAAAUUUUAUUAGUGAAAAUACUAAUUUAAAUUUUUAGCCAAGUUCUUUGACAAUAGUUUUCAACGAUGAAUCUCAUUUCUCUAAUAUUUUGAAGAUAUUUGGUGUACCCGUAAAACAAGAUAUAUUAAAUUUUGACAAUGAUUUAGAUGGUUUUUGGUAUUUCUAUUUCUUUCAAAAGAAAUUCGAAAUCAAAAAAACUAGAUACUGUUUAGAUAACCCUUAUCUAUAUUGAAAUGAUUCCAUUAUUUAUUUUCAUAGUAGUAUUUUUUACAAAUCAGUAUUUUCCAAAUGAAAGUGCAGAUCAGAAUUUUUUUCUAUGC